AUGAAGAAGAUGAGAAUGAAGAGUUGGGAAAGUACAAGAUCGAUAUUCAUGCACGCGGAUGGUGUGGAUUGGAUGUUGAUGGGAUUAGGGUUCAUCGGAUCCAUCGGUGAUGGCUGCAUCACUCCUACUGUAUUUUUAAUCAUCGGAUUAAUACUGAACGACCUCGGUGUUACCGAACUUUUUGAUGAAAAUGUCGACAUUCUUCGCCAGCUACAUGGUGUGUUUCAUCAUGCAUGGAGACUCACAAUCGUAGGCUUACCGUUUGCACGUCCUCCUUUUGAUCCCUGGACUGAUGUACGGACGAGUCCUCAUCAACGUCUCGAAGGAAAAUACGUGAAGAGUACAAUGAGGCUGGUUCUAUUGCCGAGCAAGCUAUCUCACUGGUGA